AUGGUUCGCGUAAAGCAUCGCUACCUCCUCAUCGACAUCCUUUACCCCGACCCAUCCUCCGCUUCACCCCCAGGUCGCUCCGACAAACAAUCCCAACUCCGAAUCCAUGCACCCACAUCCGACGCCCUAACCCCCAGCCUUCUAGCGAAAAUGGUCCGGGAUGAAGUCGCUGAGAUAUUUGGCGACUGGGGCAUCGGUAGGUUAGGUGGUGUUGGUGCUGGUGGUGUUAGCGUGAAAUAUCUCUCCCCCGCAACAUCAACUGCCAUAAUCCGGUGCCCGCGGGCAUCAUACCGACUAGUCUGGACGGCUCUUACGUAUAUGUCUCGCGUCCCUGCUAUCAGCGAUGCCGGCCGGCCAAAGCGUUUGGAUUCGAUGGAUUUAAAGAGACCGUGUGUCUUUAGGGUGAUUCGGGUGUCUGGGACGAUACGCAAAGCGGAGGAGGAAGCUGUGCGGAUAGCGAGGAGGGAGAUAGUUCGGCUUAGGGGAGCCGAGGAGGUGGGUGUUUUGGGGGGUUUGGUUGGGGGGUUGGAGAAGGAAAUUGAAAGGGGCUUUGCAGAGGACACCGGUAUCGAUGAUAUGGAGGUGGAUAGCGAUGAUGAUUGA